GUAUUUUAACAAAAAAUCAACUACGCGCGCAGUGUUGUUGUGAAACUUGUGUAUUUGCCAUUCACAUGUCAAGCUAACGAUCACAGCUGUUACCAAGAAGAAGAAAAAGCCGCGGCGGCAGCAGCAACAGUGUUGCGAAAUGUGGAAAAGAAUAAAACGACUAUCGAUAUAUAGCGAAUACACAGUUUGAGAGUAUUAAGAGUGAGAAAGAAUUAGGUUUGAGAGUCACAACACUGAGGAACAACGCGUGAUUGUCAACAGUGCAGUGAAACGGUAGCAACUGUAUUUGCCAUUCACAUGUCAACCUAAACGCUCACAGCUGUUACAUUGAAAAAGAAACAUUGCUUGGCAAAGUAGAAUUACAUAAAUCGUAGCAAAAACCGGCAUUUACACCGUGAAUAAAAAGCAUUUAAAUAAAUAAAACUCCGAGUUUAGCAGAAAGCUCUCGUUUAAUGCAACAUUGUUAGGCAAAGUAUGAACGCUUAUUGCUACUUUGAUGUGCAACUGAAAAUUCGUCAUUGUGAUACAAUUGAGCUGACCCCAACUUAUUUUCGUGGCUGCGUUUUAAACUCUUUGGAGGGUUUCUUUGGCGAAAUCGGUGGCAAAACCACUUUGGAGAUCGUCCGAUUUAGCGUGGAGCAGCGACGCGUUGUCUUUCGUGUACCCGAGGAGUUUGCCCAACGCACACGUACUGCCAUAUCUCUUAUUGGUCACUACCAGGAGGUGCCGUGCCAUUUCCAAGUGCUGCAAACAUCUAAAACUCCGUUAGAUUUUGACAAAGAGCUAGACGACACACCCGAAUCUGCUCAGCUUUAAGCAUGGCAUUUUCAUUUAGCAAAA